UGAAAAAAUAAAUUUUUUUGAUAAAAAUUUUUAAUUUUUCUUUUUAAUUAUGUUAUUUUCCUUAAUAAAAUUAUAAAAACAAAAUGAAUACCGAAAAAAUAUGUAGAUGCUGUCUGGCUUUGGAUGCGCCAUUGUUGUCCAUAUAUGAUGGUGGAUCAGCUGGAAAGGGUUGUGUGGCGGAUAUGUUAAAGCAAAUAGCCAAAUUAGUGCCUCAGUUGGGCGAUAACAUGCCCGAGAAAGCAUGUCUGCAAUGUAUAAGUGAAAUCAAUCGUUGUUUUGUGUUCAAAAUGAAAUGUGAAAAUUCAGAUAGAACACUUAGGCAAUUAUUACCAAAUGCAGUACCUGAGCCAUUAGAUUACGUUCCCAAAAAACCUAUUGUGACCUCUUCCGCUGUACAGACAGACGAUAAUAUACUUAUAUCAUCAAUGGUACUAACUGUGCCUGUAGAGAAGCCUUUACAAAGUCAUAGUAGUGUACAAACAGGACCACUUCUAAGCCACAAGGAAAUACAAACGGAAUAUGAGAUUACUCCCACAAAUGCCUAUAUAUUAUGCGAUGAUUCUAAUGCUGAUUCCAAUUGUUCGGUAGUAGAAGAAAUAUUUAUUCCCACUUCAGAACAGCAGCCAAAAAAUACCGAAUGCAAUCGCAUUGAAUACUAUGAAGGUGAUGUAGAAGAGACACAAGAUGGACAACAAAAUCAGAUAUACCAAGACACCGAAUAUAUAUACAAUGAAAAUUUAAAAACUGACAAUGAGUAUGAAAUUGAUAGUUCGGAAGGCACAACUCCCCAAGAAUCCGAUGAAACUGUAAAACCACAAAAAUCAUCCAUCUGCACAAGAUCAUCAAGUAAACCAAAGGGCCAAUACAAAUGUUCGCAAUGCAUAAUGACAUUUAUUAGUCUUAAGGUUCUUAAAAGGCAUUUAGCCAAUAGACACGGUAUUAAAAAUGCUGAUCUUAUAAUUGACUAUGUACCCGCUGCUGAACCAGUUGAACCUAUAAUGAGUGUUGAAGAGCCGUCUUCUUCUGAUAAUACAGCCAAACAAAAUAAUAUGAAUGUGGAAUUAACAGCAGAUAAUGUGGCUAAACCUCAGUUACUGCCAAGAGAAAAAGUAACGUCAUCGGUAAAUGAGGAACUACUGUUAACAAAUAUAAAGUAUUUUUGUGAUUACUGUCAGGCUGGAUUUGCUCAACGUAAAUCAUUGACAUAUCAUAUGAAGAAUCAAGUCUGUAUGAUUAGUAAUUUUAAGUGCAAUGAGUGUAAACGUAAUUUUGUUUCCGAAGAAAAUUUGGAAGCUCAUAAACGCACCCAUGAAAAUCCACAUAAAUGUCUAGAAUGUGCUACUGUUUGCAAAACUAUGGAGGAACUAAGUCAACAUAUGAUUUCAAAUCACAAUAGAAACGCACGUAAUCAAUGUCAUGUCUGCAAAAAAGUUUUUACCAUGAAAAAUUCACUAAUUGAUCACUUGCGCGUACAUAGUGGGGAAAAACCAUUCCUCUGCACAAUAUGUGGCAAGAGUUUUAGUCAAAAUUCAAAUCUACGUCAGCAUUUGACACGUCACAACAAUGAGAAGAAUUUUAAAUGUGACAUGUGUCCCAGUGCGUAUGUAACCAAGUCUGAAUUAUUUUCCCAUAAACGUACGCACACUGGUGAUCAUCCCUUUAAAUGUGAGAUUUGUCCGGCUCAAUUUAGCUCACCCAGUUCCCUAAGAAAGCACAUGCGCAAACACACGGGUGAACGGCCUUAUGCCUGUGAAUUUUGCCCAAUGCAUUUUGCCACUUUGUGUGUAUUGAAAAAUCAUCGACGUAUACAUACCGGCGAAAAGCCGUUUAAAUGUCGCUAUUGUACAAAAUCAUUUACACAAACCGGUGAUUGUCGUAUGCAUGAAAGAACCCACAUAAAUAAGGCUUUCCAAUGUUUUUGCGAAACGAAAUUCUCGAAAAAAUCCAACUUUAGACAUCACAUUAAAACUCAGCAUCCUGACUUUAAUAAAAAAGAAAUACAAGCUUUACUAGAUAAGUCAGUAGUUGACAACGAUAAUACAGAGUAUCACAUAACAUUAAUGGAAAUGGAGGAUACAGAUGGUAAAUUUGUUAAUAGUCCCAGUGGUGGUGAUACUGAAAAUGAAGCUGAUGAUUAUGUAACAAUUUCUCAUGAUGCUAAGAAUAAUUUAGCAGCUGCCAGCAAUAGUUCAAACAGUAAUGAAGAACUUUUGGAAAUUGUUAUGGAAGAUGUAGGUUAAAUUGCCGAUAGAUAUGAUAAGGUUUAAAUUAUCUAAUAUUUUUCAAAAAUUCUUAUAUUUAUUUUAAGGUUAUGUAAUAUAAAAAUAGAUGCAAUUAAAUUAAUCUAAUUCAAGAUAUCAAGAUACAUAUUAAGAAAAACUGGUAAACGAAAAAUAAUCAUGCUGAUAAGCGAUUUUCCAGAAAUAAGCCAAACUAAAUACAGUUUAGAAUUUUCAAACAAUCGAAAAUUCUAAAAUCGAAAUAGACUUUUUGUUCGGGAAGAAGUCAAACAAAUCGAUUACGUUAUCAAAAAAAAAGGUGAAAAGUUCUUAUACCUUGGAAAAGUAUGAAUAGUCCAAAAUUCUACAUUUAAUAAAUAACAGAAGUCGAAAAGUUGACUAAGUAUUAAAAAAUUAAAUCUACAAAUUCUUAAAAUGUCUUUCUGCAUUAAAGAAAUUGAUGAGAAUUAAUAAGAACAACAACAUUUACAGAUCGGUCUUUAAAAAGAAAAUUAGUGUAAAACAUAGCUAUUUAAAACCGGCCUUAAUAAGCGAACUUUGACAUUACUAAAUGUUACUAUUUUGUUAAUAUCAAAACAUGUGACUUCUUUUCCUCAAAAAAGCAUAUUUUUCUGAAACCAAUUUUCAAAUUCAAUUAAUUUUCAAAUGACCAAAAAAAAUAAAUGUUUACAAUGUUUUUUUUCUCACUGCUCUAUAACAUUGAAAACGGACAAAUUAUUGAAAGUAAUGAACGCUAAUUGUAGCAAAAUUAAACAAAAACACACUACACUAUAAGGGGAGAAUGAUGAA